AGCGCGCUCAAAAAUAGCGGUCUGCGUUGUAUAAACUGAAACGCAAAAUGGACUCGAUAAUUUGUUGUUAAUUCGUGGACCCUUUCUUAUUAUUGGCCUUUGUGGCCUGGCCCGCACACCAUAGACAUAGAACCCUUUUCAACUUCCGACUGUUUUCAACACGGAGCUCUCUGUUAGACGAGCUUAGUUUGCAAGGCCCCAGCGGCAGGGGGCUUAAUAGGGCGCCGCAUAAGGAGUGCCAGAUACAAAAAUGGUAGCCUUGACAAAGUAUGAAAAAGCCCGGCUGGCCGAUGAGAAUGUUCGUAAUGACACCUUUGUUUCACGGCUCUUCUUGACCUGGGUCUACAAGGUGGUGGCGAAGGGCCGCAAGGGCACCAUCACGCAGGAUGAGCUGCGUAUGCCUUCUGACCAGGCAGCAGAAAAUGCAACAAGCCGCUUCGAUGCAGCAUGGGCCGAGGAGGUGAAGCUGCGUGGCAACACGGACCCUAAGGAGAAGCCGUCACUUCUGCGUGCUCUGCGCCGGUCCUUCGGCGUGGAGGUCGCGGUCGCCGCAGCAUGGAAAAUCACCUGGAGCGUCUUUGUGCUGGUUGGCGCCUUCUACUUUGUGCGCUCCUUGGUGGAGUUUGUGACACCCAUUAGCCGCCAGGGCAAUUUAUACAACCGGUCAACUAUGCCGCAUAAGGGCGUCGGCUGGAUUCUGUCAUGUGCCUUCUUCCUGGACUCAAUUCUCGUCGGGAUUGCCCUGCAGCGCAUGGGGGAUGCUUGCGUGCGCGCAGGCAUUAAAAUUCGGGCCGCCUUGAUGGCUGCAGUCUACCGAAAAACCUUCAGAAUCCACUCAGUACAUGAGGAAAACGUCGUUUCCCUGGUGGCGACUGACUGUGCGAAGCUCUACGAGGGCGUUAUGCACCUGCAGAACGUCUGGACAGCUCCUCUGGAAGCCGUGGCGAUUAUCGCGCUGCUCUUGUAUCUGACUAAUGGCACCUACGGCCUGCCCGCCUUGGGUGUCGUCGUUUUUGUGCUGCCGCUUCAGUACUACCUUGGCUAUCGCAUCGCAAGCUACAAGCUUGAGACCGUGGAGGUAUCGGAUGCGCGUGUGCAGCGUAUGCACGAAGUGCUUCUGGCCAUCAAGCUCGUCAAGUUCUACGUUUGGGAGAAGUCCUUCGCGAAGCAGGUUUCCGACGUUCGUUCGGAGGAAAUCAGCCUCAUGUCGCGCACCGCUGUUAUCAAGACCAUCAACCUCUGCGUCGUCUUCGCCGUACCCCCUCUUAUUGCGCUGGUCAUCUACGCAACCUACGUUUUUAACAAGGGUCCCUUCGACUCUACCUUUGCCUUUACUGUGCUCUCGCUGUUUAACACGCUGCGUUUCCCGCUGGUGGUGCUGCCCAAGGCCCUGCGCGGCGCCUCGGAGGCCGUCGCCUCACUGCAGCGGCUAGAGAAGUAUCUGCUGCUGGACGAGUUUGACGACCCGCCCAAGAGCAAGAUCGUGGAGGCGCGCUUUGACAACGCCGUGCUGUCAUACCCGGGCAGCAAGGACGACUUCAAGCUGCAGGUUCCCCGCCUGGAGGUGAAGAGCGGCGAGGUGGUGGCGGUGGUUGGGCGCGUGGGCAGCGGCAAGUCUUCCAUCUUCCAGGCGGUGCUCAACCACAUGUCCCUCGACUCGGGCGGCCUGCACGUGGGCGGCUCCAUGGCCUAUGUGCCACAGACCCCCUGGGUGCAGAACCUCACGCUGAAGGACAACAUCCUCUUUGGACUGCCGUACGAUGAGGAGAAGUACAAGCAGGUCAUCCACGCCUGCGCCCUGGAGCUGGACCUGCAGAUCCUGCCCAAGGGCGACCAGACCAUGGCGGGCGAGCGCGGCAUCAACCUGAGCGGCGGGCAGCGGCAGCGCGUCUGUCUGGCGCGUGCGGCCUACCACGACUGCGACCUCAUCCUGCUGGAUAACCCGCUGAGUGCCGUGGACCAGCACACCGCGCGCCACAUCUUUGACAAGUGCAUCAAGGGCAUCUUCCGCGACAAGGCCGUCAUCUGGAUCACCCACCAGCUGGAGCUGCUGCCGGAGGUAACCAACAUUUGCAUCACGGACAGCGGCCGCUCGCUGUACUUCGGCCCGUACGACCCGGAGGCGCUCAACCACCACCUGCCCGUGGACCACCUGCUGUUCGCGACGGUGGAGGCGGGGGAGAGCGGCGUGCAGAAGCCCGCUGAGAGUGAGAAGAAGGACGGCGCCGCUGCCCCUGCUGCCGGCGGCUCCAACGCUGCCGCAGGCCUGACUGAGGGCUGGAAACACAAGGAGAACGAGGGGCGCAAGUCCUUCCAGCGCUCCAGCAAGGCCGGCAUCCGCCCCAGCGACUCGGUGCAGGAGAGCAUGGACAAGCUGGCGCGGGAGGAGGCCGCCAAGGAGGAGGCCGAGGUGGAGGCCGCGCGCUCCCAGGACACGCGCCGCAGCGGCUCGCGCGGCCUGGGUCGCGUCAGCGAGGACGCCAACCCCAACCUGGAGGAGACGCCGGAGGAGAUUGCGGCGCUGUUCAACGGAGUGCCGCGCCGCCUGAGCGCCAUGGCGAGCUUUGGCGUGUACGUGAAGUCGGGCGGCGUGCUGUUGUUUGUGCUGUCCAUCAUGAUCUUCAUGCUGACGCAGACGGUGCGCAUUCUGUCCGACACCUGGAUCCGCUGGUGGGCAGAGCCCGACCGCUUCAAGUUCUACCCCUCGCACUCGUACAAGAACCAGAUCAACCCCCACCCCAAGUUUGACAGCAUGGACAAGGCCAGCCAGGUCUACAUUCUGGGUUACUUUGGCUUUGUGAUGUUCUUCAUGGUCUGCCUGUUGUCCCGCGACGCCGGCUUCUCCUACUGGCACCUGCGCGGCUCCACCAACCUGCACAACAAGCUCUUUUACCGCGUGCUGCGUGCGCCGCUGCUGUUCUUCCUGCGCACGCCUGUGGGGGACAUCCUGAACGCCUUUGCCAAGGACCAGGACACCCUGGACGAGACGCUUCCGGACACCCUUCACAUGUCGCUCAUCUACCUGAUGAUCCUGCUCACCUCGCUGGGCAUCGUGACCGCCUCGCUGCACGUCUACGCGGCCCUCACCGGGGCGCUCUUCCUCGCCUUCUUCAUGAUGCAGCAGCUGUACCUGCCCGCUGCGACCAUCCUCAAGCGCUGGGCGGGUGACACUGCCUCCAUGGUGUUUGUGCACGUGGACGAGAGCCUGCACGGCAUGGAGGUCAUCAAGGCCUUUGAUGCGGAGAACUACUUCCUGCAGGAGAACAUCCGGCGCAUCAACGUGCACCACCUGGCCCUCUUCAACACCGAGCAGUGCCACCUGUGGCUGGCCUUCUGGUGCGACCUGUACGGCGCUAUCAUGGUGGUCGCCACGUGUCUGCUGAGUGUGGCUUACAAGGAGAAGGUCGGACCGGCGGCGGUGGGCCUGGCUAUCUCCAACACCAUCCAGGUGCUUGUGUUCUUCACGUGGGUGGUCCGCGGCGCCGCUGACACGGUGUCCAUGUGGGACGCGGUGGAGCGAGUGGCCACCUUUGUCACCAACGUUCCGCAGGAGACCGACAUUGCUCCCCAGACGCUCCCCGGCGCCAGCACCAACAACAUCAGCGCCAUGAACGGCAGCAGCGCCAACGGUAACAACCACCACCCCCCGGCGGUGGCUGAGCGCUCCCUGGUCGAGAUCAAGGUGGACGGACUGGAGCGGGUUGCCGAUCCGGACGGCGAGCCGCCCAAGGACUGGCCCGCCAAGGGUGACAUCAGAUUCGAGAAGGUGUGCCUGCGCUACUACCCUGGCGCCCCUCUGGCGCUCAAGUACGUGAGCUUCCACAUCAAGGAUGGAGAGAAGGUCGGUGUGGUGGGUCGCACGGGCAGCGGCAAGACCACGCUGCUGAUGGCGCUGUUCCGCAUGUUCGAGCUCGCGUACGGCCGCAUCGUGAUUGACGGCAUCAACCUCGCUACCAUCAAGCUGCAAAAGGUCCGCGCCGGCAUCGCCAUCAUCCCGCAGGAGCCAGUGAUGUUCAAGGGCAGCGUGCGCUCCAACCUGGACCCCUUUGGCGAGCUGCCCGACAGCGAGCUGUGGCGGGCGCUGGAGCUGGUGCACCUGAAGGAGGCUGUGUCGGACCUGGGCGGCCUGGACUCCCCGGUGGCGGAGGGCGGCUCGAACUUCUCGCUGGGCCAGAAGCAGCUGGUGUGCAUGGCGCGCUGUGUGCUCAAGCGCACCCGCAUCCUGGUGCUGGACGAGGCCACUGCGGCCAUGGACCUGCAGACCGACGCGCUGAUCCAGAAGACCAUCCGCAAGGCCUUUGCGGACCGCACCACCGUCACCAUAGCGCACCGCCUGGACACCAUCAUCUUCUCCGACCGCAUCCUGGCCAUGGCGUCGGGGCAGCUCAAGGAGUUUGACACGCCCACCAGCCUGCUGCAGAACCCCGCCUCGUUCUUUACAAAGCUGGUUGAGGACACGGGACCGCACGCCUCCAAGAUGCUCCGUCGCAUGGCCGCGGAGGGUCCCAAGGACGAGUAAGGGAGGGGCUGAUUUGAGAGGAGGAUUGGGUGACGUGAGGGCCCCUGGAGGCUAUGAGCGGUGGUAUGCCACUGUAAGGGUUGCACGACGCUAUUGUUUAGACAAUUUUGGUUUGGGAUCUGUCCAUUAUUGGAGUCAGGUUAACUCCUGCGUUCUAAGGAGUAGACUUUCGAAGUGUGCGGGGGAGGUGGCAGGAGGCAAAGCGGUAAAGGCAAGGGGUGGUACGGGGAGGUUUGGCAUAGGUCUGCUGCAAUGGCAUCUGACUAAUGCGUGUGUGGCGUGUUCUUCUUCCUUUGUCAUCGUGUACUAGCGUCAAGUCGCUAACCACAACGACGACUACAUACAUGUGACCUCGGGAUCUUCGAUUUGGUGUUUGGGGGUUAGGAGAGGGAAUUUUAACGGGGUUAAUGCGGGAACUAUUUACUCCUGCAUCAGUUUUACCGACCUCGAAAACGUGCUGGGACCGGUACAUGAUAGUGGAGGGAUCCCAGGACUCGGACUCGGGAAGAUUUAAAUUUCUCCGAAAUUAGAUCGGAGAAGAUCCUUGCGUUCCUAGGCCUAUGCGCAGCGGUGGUAAGGCCGUAAACUAUAAAGUGUAGGUGGUCAUGGUGGUGCCCGGUUCUGAUCUCGGACGUGAAGGGCAGGGGCAUCACGUUAAGAGGGUUUCUUCCAUGGUGGAUGCGCUUAUGCUUCUGCUAUGCGCUGCUAAGCAAGGUCGCCUAAUGACGCAGUCUUGCAGUUACGUGCGCAGGGUCGGGGCGCGUCCACGGCCGAUUUUAGACGGGACGGUCCGCGUCUAGGUCUUCUAAGAGGGUAAAAACUAGGAAGACAGUGGAGGUGGAUAUAGAGGAGAUGUGGCGGAUUUGGAGUCGGAGUACGUGUCGGGUUUGCGGCGCUCAGGACGCUGCUGAUGCGGUGCUCUGUGGUAUGCGCCUGUGUGAGGUGGCUAGGAUGCUGAUGUGGCUGGAGGAGGCGGUUAAUGGUUUCAUUGGUAUAGAUAGUGAUAAAUACGUAGGCGAUGCAUGACCGACGUUACGGUGAUGCAGUGUGCAAGGGCCUUCCUUUCGCCGCUUCCUUUUUGUUGGGUCGUGUUUUUGCUUUUUUGCUAGGACUAAAAUGUUUCUACGAAGCACAGUUUGUUGCUUCUUUGCGUGAGGGCGGUGCAAGGAGGGUGUGUUGUGGAAGGCGGGCCGAUGACGGGGAGCCGCUAUUAUGGGAGAUGGUUCCGAGAGUUGUUUUAUGUGAGGGGUGGUAGAGCCAAGGGAUUGGGGGAUAGCAGAAGAUGAAAAGCGUGGGCAUGUGGAUAACUGAAGAAUUGCUGAUUGGAAUCCUCGUACUCUUGCAUAUAUGCUGGGCGGUUGCAACUUUGUAUAGUGACCGAGAGCCGCACGCCAAGCCUCUUCAUCAUUUGUUACCAUACCUUGGCUUUCUAUAUGUGGG